GCAUCCAGAAAACCGAGACGCCGAGAGGGGGCGGCUUCUCUGCUGCCUUAGCAUCGAGAGGACCGAGUCGGUCACAUCGCCCACCCGCUCGGGUCGGUGUACACUGCCGUAAGAUACCAGGCGCGGUCCCUUGAACAUCCCCAGGACUGCCGAGGGCUCUUCCGACUCACAGCCCUUACUUGAUCAUUUUCUAUGUGCUUUUUUAUUUCUCUGAUGCCGUUUUGCUUUUCCUCGUCGUCUCCACGAUCUUUCCCUUCGCCUAUUUAAAUGCUUUGUCCCUCUGCGGGCAGGACCUCCGCUUCAACCUUGCUAUUUCCCAAGGUUUUUUUCCACCCCUCAAGCAGCAGUCAACACCUGACGAGAGGAGAUUUUGAAACGUAGCCGACAGGCAUGGAUUGCACAUUUUCUGGAAAAUACAACCCUAAAGCAGAACAUUAUUUUAAAGACAACGAGACAUAUGUGGGAUCGUCCAUUUUGUCACUGGAAAAUAUUUUGAGAGAAAACUGAGAUAUUUAUAGAAACGAUACAGUAAAACCGUCGUUUUUUUGAAGCGGUAAAAUCGAGUAAACAUGAGUAAAACGCAAUACGAGAGAUUUGAGCGAUUGCAACAUUUUAAUCAAUAAUCGCCUACAAGAAAGAAACGGGAUGUUGAAUUGAAAUGGGAGACGACCCAGAAAUCUGGAUUUUUGAGCGAUUCUAAUAUAAAACGUAAAAUUUCGAUUCCUCCUGUUUUUUUCAGGACUCGGGCAUAUUAAAACAACAUCUAAAAACGAACGUAGGGCCGUUUGCACGCAUUUUUUUGCCAUCGUGAGAGUCUGAAGAAAAUAAUCUGUAGGUGCCGUCUAUUUUAUGGGAGUUCUCCUUCAGUGACAUUUCUCAGUAAAAACCCUGUUUGCGAUCUGCUUUCAUAAAACGUGUAUUAGAAUAAAAAUAAAUAAGCGAGACAUGUUCUUGGGCCAAGAGAAGUUCACACCUGGCUCGCCCAGCUAUCAUUGAAGACAAGUAUGGUCCAUAUCCUAAGAAGUGAUCUUUUUCAUUUCGGGAUCUUUGAUUUUGAUGAAUGUUCAAGAUGGAUUUUUUUACUUUCUGAAAUUAAAGGACAACUUUUCAUUUUAAAAGAUUUUUAAUGGUUAAAGUUGCCAAAUGACUCUCGAUGACAAUUGUGCCGAAGGUGGUGGGAUUCCUCCACUGCGUACCUAGUCUUGAGGACACGAAUGACAGCUUAUAUCUUUUAUUAUUCACCCCCGUCUUUUAAACGUUGAAAUAUAUCGGUUUGAUCUCUUCAUUUGACUUAUUUUUUUUUUAUCAACAACCGCUCCCUCCGUAUCGCCAGGGAUUAUGGCAUGGUCGGGUUAUCUAUUUAAAUGGAUUCCAUAUGUAGCGACCCUUUCUUUAUAAAAAAAAAGAAAAAAAAAGAAAAGCUUUCGUGUUUUCGUUGGCAAAUAGAAGAUCUUGGUUUUGGGGGAAGGGAAAUCAUUCAGAUUUUUUCUCUCAUAUAUCAUUAUUAUUAUUAUUAUUAUUAUUAUUAUUUACUGAUUGAUGCUUGGCAUAUGUGGGAUUGAUGACAUACAACUGGAUGCAGCUGUUGUUCCCUGAAGAUUUCCCAGUGCCGCGCGGUUCUUGGACAGAUACAGCACAGUUACCAGGAAUCCGACACAUUCCCAAAAGGCUGCCCGUGCAUUUUCGGAUCUAUCGCUCAAAAUGCACGCAGGCCGGUUAUAACAGGAUACCUCGGCUCGCCGUGAACCGCCAGGAAAAAGACUUGGACGGGGAUAUGAAUCCGAGAUGAUGAUGAUGCUGGAUACACAGAACUCAACCCAGGAGAUUGGAGAGGAGGUAGAAGAUGGUGCCAUUUACACCAUCACCCUUCGGAAGGUGCAGAUGCACCACACAGCCACCAAGGGGCAGCGCUGGCUGGGCGUGGAGUCUGAGUCGGCGCUCAGCCUGUACGAGACGUGCAAGGUGCGCACCAUCAAGGCGGGCACACUGGACAGGCUGGUGGAGUACAUGGUGUCCGCCUUCCGGGGAAAUGACUCCACCUACGUCACCAUCUUCCUCUGCACCUACCGCUCCUUCGCCACUACUAAGCAGGUCCUGGACCUGCUGCUGAACAGAUACGCCAAACUGCAGCACCUUCCCGGGGCAGAGGGGCCCAGAGUAACCCACGACGAGCGCACCGAGCUCAAGAACACCAUCUCGUCCAUCCUGGGUGCCUGGCUGGACCAGUACUCUGAGGACUUCUGGAAGCCGCCGGAGUACAGCUGCCUGCGGCACCUCAUCGCGUACCUGCACCUUAACUUUCCCGGGUCUGACCUGGAGCGGCGCGCCUGCAACCUGCUGGCCCAGUUCCACAGACGGCAGGUCUGCACCCCGGAGACGGAGGGGUCAGGGCUGUUCUCGGUGACUCAUGGUGUCUCGCUGCUGCCCCCCUCUGGCCGUGCACGUGCAGUGCUGGAGCAGGCCGCCUGCCCCUUCGCCAUGCUGGAGGAGAACGGCUUCGAGGACGAGCGGCCCGACUUCCUGACCUUUGACCCGGUGCUGGUGGCGGAGCAGUUCACACUCAUGGAUGCGGAGCUGUUUAAGAAGGUGGUGCCCUACCACUGCCUGGGCAGCAUCUGGUCCCAGCGGGACAAAAAGGGCAAGGAGCACCUGGCCCCCACCAUCCGGGCCACGGUGGCCCAGUUCAACUGCGUCACCAACUGCGUCAUCGCCACCUGCCUCGGCGACCGGACGCUGAAGCCCGCGCAGCGCGCCAAGGUGGUGGAGCGCUGGAUCGAGGUGGCCAGGGAGUGCCGCAUUCUGAAGAACUUCUCCUCACUGCGAGCCAUCCUCUCGGCCCUGCAGUGCAACCCCGUGUACCGGCUGAAGCGGACCUGGGACGAGGUGUCCAGGGAAAACUUCCGCAUAUUCCACGAGCUGUCUGAGAUCUUCUCGGAUGAGAACAACCACUCCCUCAGCCGGGAGCUGCUCAUCAAGGAAGGGACCUCGAAGUUUGCCACCUUGGAGAUCAACCCUAAACGGGCUCAGAAGAGGCAACAGCAGCAGAGGGAUUUGAGCGUGAUGCAGGGCACCAUCCCGUACCUGGGGACCUUCCUUACAGACCUAGUCAUGAUGGACACGGCCAUGAAGGACUACCUGGAUGGUGGCCUGAUCAACUUCGAGAAGAGAAGAAAGGAGUUUGAGGUCAUCGCCCAGAUUAAGCUGCUACAGCUGGCCUGUAACAACUACAACUUCACACGGGACGUACACUUCAGGGAGUGGUUCACGGGGGUGGAGAAGCUCACAGAGGCAGAGAGCUACAGCCAGUCCUGCGAGAUCGAGCCGCUGUCAGAGUCGGCCAGCAACACGCUGAAGGCCAAGAAGAACACGGGCAUCAUCAAACGCUGGAGCGACCGGCAGCCUGCCAGCACAGAGGCCAGCUGCAGCAGCGUCGCCAGCUCCCAUUCCAAGUCCUUCGACCAGCUGCGCUACGGGCCCCUGCUGGGGGGCACGGGCGGCUCGGGGACCGGCGGCGACGGCGGCGACUCCCUCAGCGUCACCUCAGCCGGCUCCAGCAGCUCUGACGUGGAGGAGAUCAGCGUCAGCUUCACGUCCGACUCGCCGGACGCCCACGAGAAGAAGACGUCCACGCCUUCAGUAAAACAUUCCAGUUCUACACUGGGGAGGGAAGGUGCCAUCCCUAACCUCGCACCCACGUUCUGGGAGUCCACCUUGCUGUCAUCCCUGGAUACUUCGGGGCUGGGAUCCGGCUCCGGCUCGGGCUCCAGCAGCGCCUCUUCGUCCUCGGUGUCGUCCACACCGGUGGCGGCCUCCCGCUCCCACAAGCGCUCUGUAUCGGGUGUGUCCAGCUAUUCGUCGCUCUCACUGCCCCUCUACAACCAGCAGGCAGACGACUGCUGCAUCAUCCGCGUCAGUCUGGAUGUGGACAAUGGCAACAUGUACAAGAGCAUCCUGGUCACCAGUCAGGAUAAGACCCCAGCAGUGAUCAGGAAGGCUAUGGUCAAACACAACCUGGACCGUGAGCGACCAGAGGACUAUGAACUGCUGCAGAAGAUCUCAGAGGAGAAAGAGCUGAAGAUCCCAGACAACGCCAACGUCUUCUACGCCAUGAACUCGACGGCCAACUACGACUUUGUGCUGAAGAAGCGUGGCUUCGCCCGCGGCGGGCGUGCCAAGCACGUGGCCAGCUCCACCCUGCCGCGUAUGAAGCAGAAGGGCUUAAAAAUCACGAAAGGCAUCUUCUAAAGGACCCGACACCCCCCUCACCACUGAGAAGGAAGUCCUCCUGCAUCCUGUCCUGCCUUUGACCCACGUGCCCCAGCCCCCAACACUGCCGCAGCCCUGCGGGGGCCCCAGCCUCUCAGAUCCACCCAGGUGCUUUUGGCCAGAAGACAAAAUCACGCGGGGAGGAGCCAGUCACCUGCCGCUUAGUCCAGGAAGCGGACCAAUAGCCAGAUGGAGGCGGGACCUCACGCCCCUGAAAUACUGCUGUCACACAAGCAGGCUGGCUCACACCCCUGAAGCCACUGUCUCUUCCCCCACUGGCAGCACCCCUUGGAACUGGCUACCAUUGGAUGAGAGGUUGGGGGUCACUUUCCCCCAGGAGCAGAAGAACGGAGUCCGGAGAGUGGGACGUUAGGCAGUGUCGUACUGUGCAUCGCGGUGCCUUCCAAAACUCCCGCGGAAGGGGGAAGGUUUCUGACGAUGACUGCUACCUUAAGGAGGGCGGGGACUGAAGUCUGAAUAGGCCACGCCCUCACCCUCCUGACUUUGCACGUUCGGGGCAAUGCAGGCCCCUGUGGAUCUCUGGGAAAUUAAUUUAGAAGUGGAAAACAACUGAAUUUUUCGGCCAUACUGGGAAGGGCAUUAUAAGGAACUUUCUUGCUUCUUUAGUCUUGUUAUAACUGCGGUUAUUCUUUUUUUUUAAAAAACAAAAAAACAUCAAGAAACAUUCCACCUCUGGUUGGUGCUAAAUGAACAUAAAACACAGCAGCCAAACAGCCCCAGCUGAAGGUGCAAGCGGAGGGAAAGAGGCAGGAGCUGCAGGGGGUGUCGCUGAUUCACAGAGACUGGCGGACUCUCUCAUCAGCAGGGUGCCCGCAGAGUCCAAUGAUGACGGUUUUACCCGGCCUUGUUGCCACAGAGGUGUUUGUCAGGGAUCCCCGAAACCGUCUGAUGGACCCUCAGCCUGUCCACUGAGCGCAGCAGGCUUAGACAGAGAGAGCACCCUGCCCCCCCCCUCCUCAAGCAGCCACAAGACUGACAUGGAACAACGCAGAUUCAUGAAGCAAACGACGGCGGUUUUUAAAGUGUCAGGUUUCACUACAUGUAGACUUGGAACUUCUUCUUAUAGCAGGUGGAAGGACACGCCCCCCUGACAGUCUACUCCGCCCCCCCUGGCUUUUUUUUUUUUCUCAUUGUAUGGACACUGUGAUUGGCCCCUGGUGGGGCCCCGGGAUGCCCCUCCCAUGGGAGAGAAAUGUAAUGAAAACCAACACACACAUAAACAACACCUUUCAUUGUUUAAUUCCACAAGUAAAUAAACCCAAAUGAAUCAGAGAAUCUAAGUGAAGUGGCAGAAAGUGAGGGAGGGGGGGGUUUAUGGGGUUGUAAUGUUAGACGGCAUCUCUGCUAGAGAUUGGUAUUGUGCACGUGAGAAGGUGGAAGAACGAGGGGAGAGUGAAGGUGUCCCCGUUUAACAGGAAGAGACAAACCCAGGCGCACAGCCUGAUCCACGCCCGCUAGUAGAAAUGAAUAAAGAAUGUACAAAUGCUCAAUCACAGCACUGUUAAAUUUAUUCAUGUUGAGUGGUCAUAUUGAUUAGUAUGGAAUUAGAUUUAAUUGGCUGAAAUCCUGUGUUUGUGGGUAAAUCAAACUUGUGUUGGAUAGUUAUUACCUCAAGCAGACAUUGCAUUUGGGUUUAAUAUCGGUAUAUGGCAUUGUGAUAAACAAUGGGACCAAUCAGGUAAUUCUGUAUCUUAGUGUGUAUGAGGGAUGAGCUCUGUGUAACCGCUGACAUACAUAUCAAAUAAUUCUGGAUCCCCCCCCCUUUUCCAAGAGACUAUAAUACUGUCUUGUCCUUCAGCACUCAACCAUGUAACAGAACACAUAAUGUUGGUUGCCAACAGUUUCACAGGCAAUGUUGAAUUUUACUCCAGGCCUAAAGGUGGCGCCAAACAGCUCAUUACCUAAUUGAAACAGGAAACCCCUGCAUGGCUGGUUCCAUCAUAAUGUGGCGAUAGCCAGGGUGCCUCAUUGUGGAGUUCUAGGCAGCAUUGUGGUUUGUCAUUAAGGACUAAGGAUCACCCAGCAUCCUGGACUUCUGUUGAGUGAAAUGUGUUCAGUGUUUAACUGCAGAUGUGGCUUUUUUUGUAGUUAUUUGAUUGGCUGAAGUUCCCUCUCUCCAAUGUCAAUCUCGGGUGAGGGAGCCAAUCAGCUUUUUUGGAGGGAAGUCUGGGGCUGGCCAGCGAUUGGUGUCGUUGGGAACUGCAUGUAUGUCUGUCGGAGGUACUGUGUGUUUGUGUAUGGGUUAUGGGGGGGCAAGAAACCUAAACCUUUGCCAAAGACCUGUUGUGGAACAUGGGUACUGAUUUACCUCUACACCUCCCAGAGGCAUCUCGCUCAUCGCCUGUCUGCCAGCCGAAUCGGACAAAGGCCCCCUCUGUCUCAAAAGGCCGGCCAGAGUCUGCCGCCAUUUUUUUGUUCUGUUCAAAAAAGAGAAACAAUGAGUUUUCUAACAAACUACAGUCUUUUUUUUUUUGUUUGUUUUUGCGUUCGUUUUGUAUUUUUUUUUCUACAAGAAAACAAAAAAAGUUCUUUAUAACUUCUUUUUUUGUGUGUGUCCUUGCUUUAUUUAUUGAUUUGUACAUAGCGGUUUUUGUGUAACAUUGUAUAUUUUUCUUUCUUAUGUAAUUAUAAAUUAAUAUAUAUAAAAUAUGUACAUAUAUAUACAAAGUUUAUAAGAUGGUCAUUGUAGGUGCACUCGUUUCGGGGAUACCGCCUGCUUUUUUGCUCUCCAUGUUAGUUUAGCCUUUUGUAUAAUGGAUUCGGUUGUUACCCCUUUCAUUCCUAAGUGCUGUUUAUAAAGCUGAAGAGAAGAAUCAUCUAAAUAAAAGCCUACAGUGUGCUGCAAGGA